AUGGAAUAUGUGGAACAAUUUCGGACCAACAUUCGCACCGGGCAAGAUCAGUUGAAUCAGAAUCUGUUGAUCAUGAAGACAGUUGGAUUACAAGUGAUCGAGACGGUGCUCCGCUUGCCGGGAUUGAUCUUAUUGGAGUUGUGGUGGAGGAAUAGGGACAUGACAUUUGAAGACGUCACACAAGAGAUGUUGAUCAAAGCUCCCUUCAACUCCUACAUGGACAUCACAACCAUUCUCGAUUUCGUUCAUCGCCGAAACUUGGACCAAUCAGCCGGCUACGUGCUCUCCUAUUCCGUCCUCCUCUUGGCAGUAAUGUUGCUAACGCUACCAUUGUCGAAGUUGUUUCGAACAUAUUGCCAUUUCUUUUCGCUCGUCAUUUUCGCCAUCGCUCAGUAUAUGAGCACAAUUUACGUUCGACUUGAGCAAAAAUCGCAAGAGGUCGAAAUUCAUCUCGAUGAUUUCGUGAAACUCGAAAGACAUGGUUUCCAUUUCCUUGCACAGCUGAUGCUGGCGGUCCUCAAUUCUUUCGUUCUCGGUCUUGAGAGUGACUUGGCUCGUCUGUUCCUCACCCCAUUCACAAUUCCGAUUAUUGCACGAAUGUGCUCUUGUCCACUUGACAAAUUGAUUGUCGCUCACAACGUUGCCUGUUCAUUCACAAUGUUCUCGAUCUGCAUCUACAUUUUGAACAAAACCCCAUCAAUGGCACAAUAUGUGAAAAACGCUGUCCUACAAUUGAAAGCCGUGUUUUUCGUGCACGGAUUGGCCAUGGGUGCUGUAACAAUUUGGCGGCGACUUCGAAUCGCCGAAUUGCUCACGUGCACGUGGCUGACGAUUUUUCACGCUCGAGUUUACGUGGAAUUAUGGGAAAAGGGUCGUGAAUGGAAGGAAGCAGGCAGGGUACUCCUCACGAGUAUCGCAGAAGCAACAAAUACACCGCUCUCCUUGUUGGCGUUGGCUCUGACCGUUUCAUUUGUUUGCAAAUGGGUUGUCGAUGGAGCACAACUUGUUAUCGGCGGCACAAGAGAUCAUGGACACGUGCUGGCCAAUUCUGGUUGUACGGAGGGACUAAUUCUGGUGCUCCUUUGUGUGCAAGCUGGUGUUCUCGGCAUGAAAACCGAACAAAAAGCCUUUCUCCUCGGACUUGUCUUCUUUGUCGUUUUAUCCGCUUUGUUGCAUUCUUUAUUCGACUUAGUCGAACCGCAACUUUUGGUGAUGGCAGCCUCACCAACUGUGUCAAGAGGACGCCACAUUCGGUGUCUUUUCGUCACCGGUUUCCUCUUUGUUGCACCAAUCACAAUGUCGCUAGCAAUCACUUCAUUUUUGCCACUCGAUCUAUGGUGCGUGAUCAUCGUAUCCAAUUGCAUUUUGAUCACAAUUCAUUCGGCUAGCACACUUUUUAUCUACUUUAUCGGGAUGAUCGAGGCAAAAGCUGACGAGCCGUGGGAGAGCAGCGACGAUCUGAUCUACAAUUGUCGUUUGACAACAAAAAUCGUAGAGUUAUUGAUUGCGCUAGCCGUGCUAGCUUACGGUCUCUAUACGACAGCUAUGGGCAAUUGGACGGUUACUUCAGUCGCUGUUCUAAUUUUCCACGUUUUAAUCAACAUCUACAAACGUAUAGAAGCUCUAGUUUCAUCCAUACGUUCUCGAAACGCCGCUUUACACAAUUUCUCUCUUCUACAACGAGCCACACCAGAACAAUUGGAAAAGAUGAAAGGAGACAUGUGCGCAAUCUGUUUCACGGAAAUGGUUACCGAGGCCAGAGUUGCCCCGUGUAAACACCUCUUUCAUGGCGCAUGUCUACGAAAAUGGCUAGCAGUCAAACAGGUACUCAAAAAUAUU